GAAAAUACAUGUGAGGAGCUAGACAUAGAAAAUGGAACCCCCAAUUAGAAACUACCAUACCCUAACUUUUCCAACAUUCGAGAAGCCGCCAUUGGAUUCCGGUGGCAGCCGUCAUCUUCGAGAAGGCGUAGGGUUGAUUCUUUCUCGAUGGAGGGCACUGCAAUUGGCUGUUCAGAACCAAUGGGGAGGCCAUGAUUCCCUUCAGAAGUCCCACCAACUAGCAAAUGACGUCUUGUGUUGGUUUUUACAUUGCAAGGGCCGGCUUCACGUGGAGGAUCUCGAGAAUUUGUUGCAUGAGAAUCUCCUGCUGAAUUUCAACACCGAGAUCGAAGACGGCAGCAUUGAGGAAGUGGCAGAACAGCUGAUGGUGAUGUACGAAGAACACUUGCACAAGAACCAUUAUCACAAACCCUAAUUUAAGGUUUCGAUAAUACGAGUUUCAGCUGCUAGAUCAGACGAUGCCAUGCGUGCUGGCCGUGAUGAUAUCUUACGUUGUAGCAGGACGAUUUUUUUAUUAUAAAAGAUCUCAAUUUUUGUAAUACAUGAUGUCGCUUCGUGAUGAAUCUGGGCCGAUCGAGUUGAUGUUUAGAUGAAAUACGGCCGGAAUGCCGGAUGUAUGUAUACUUCUAAGGUGAUGUGAUUCAUCUCUCAUUGAACAAAAUCAUAUCCGUUUAAAUGAUGAUCAUGGUAUCCAAUCCAUUAUAACAAAACGUCAGACAUUGGAUUUCUUCGGAUGACGAUGAUUUACAGUUUAUGGG